GAAGAAAAGGGACCAGCCGCUCUGCUCCACCGGAACUCAGCACCAUGAAGCUUUUCACGGGCCUCAUUUUCUGCUCCUUGGCCCUGGGUGUCAGCAGCCAAUGGUAUGCAUUCAUCGGGGAGGCUGCUCAAGGGGCGUGGGACAUGAUGAGAGCGUACUCUGACAUGAAAGAAGCCAAUUACAAAAAUUCCGACAAAUACUUCCAUGCCCGGGGCAACUAUGAUGCUGCACAAAGGGGCCCUGGGGGUGUCUGGGCUGCUGAAAAGAUCAGCGAUGCCAGAGAAAAUUUGCAGAGAGUCACAGACCUUUUUAAGUAUGGAGACAGCGGCCACGGAGUGGAGGACUCCAAGGCUGACCAGGCUGCCAAUGAAUGGGGCCGGAGUGGAAGAGACCCCAACCACUUCCGACCCCCUGGCCUGCCUGACAAGUACUGAGCUUCCUCUUUGUUCUGCCCUCGGGAGAUGGGCUGUGAGUCCCUUGAGGGCACGGUCACCCAGACACUGAGUUCUCUGUCCCCGGAUGCUGGUGGAGGGCACCUAAGAGGUGUCUAAUAAAUGCUUUAAGAGAUUGACUGUUGAAAAGU